GGACUUGAAAGCGCCUGCAAGGCUGUCUCAACUGAGAAAUAGGCACCGGCCGGGCGGUACCGCUAAAUGCUGAGGAAAUCAACGCGGCCAAGGUUGAUUGAUUAAUGACAGAAAAGCCUUCUAAUUACAACUUCAGACGUUUUGCGCGUCAAGAAGAGCGCUAGGACGCUUAUGUUGCCGUUACUGUCCUCUGCGAUAUAUUCAAGAACCGCACUUGCCCAUUUGCCCUCUCACAAGGGCUUUGCUACUCUAUUCCGGGAUGGCAAGGACACCUAGCUAAUCACAGUAAGAUCAGGCGGAAGAGUGGGGGAUGACGGCGGCUACGACUACGACUACACACCACUCCUCCCAUGGACGGCAGCUCCACUUGUUAUAAUUUACCAGAGGAUAACGGGACAACCAGGAGGUGAAACAACUUUUCCGAGGAAAACAUAACCGCGCAAUAUUAGGGUAGCGUUGCACGUUUUAUACUUUUCUUAGUUGAAUGGACGUGGAAGGGUGCUCACCAGGCAGAGCAAGACUGACCGCAUCAAGCUAACAGUGCUUCAUUAACGGAUUAUUCCUCUCAAGGGACUGUUUGCAUCCUUCGAUCAUGCGGUGUAUGGUUAUAUGGACAGCCCCUUAAACGACUGUCAUCUCAGAACCGCUGUGAUGGAUCACGACGAGACGGGCUCAGAGUCCUCAGAGCCCCCUGUGCAUGGAAUUCAUGGACCAAACCGAAUUCGACCCUCCUCAUACCGUGCUCUCAGAAGUGCUGUCUCCAGUUUGGCCAGAAUCGACGACUUUUUUUGUGAGAAGAUUGGUUCUGGUUUCUUUUCGGAGGUGUUCAAGGUUCAGCACAGGAUCACUGGGCAGGUGAUGGCUCUGAAGAUGAACACACAGGCCAGUAACAAGGCCAACAUGCUGCGGGAGGUGCAGCUCAUGAACCGCCUCUGCCACCCCAACAUCCUCAGGUUUUUAGGCGUCUGUGUUCAUGAAGGACAGCUUCAUGCCUUGACAGAGUACAUCAAUGGGGGGAAUCUGGAGCAGCUGCUGGACAGUGACAUGUACCUGUCAUGGGCAGUGAGGAUGGGUCUGUCUCUGGACAUCGCCCGGGGUCUGCAGUACCUCCACAGCAAAGGCGUCUUCCAUCGUGACCUCACCUCCAAGAACUGCCUGGUACGCUGUGAGAAUGGGCUCCUCACUGCUGUGGUUGGUGACUUCGGACUGGCAGAGAAAAUCCCUACUUACAGUGAUGGGGAGGAGAAGCAGCGUCUGGCAGUAGUGGGCUCCCCCUACUGGAUGGCUCCAGAAGUACUGAGAGGAGAGCUGUAUGAUGAGAAGGUGGACGUGUUCGCGUAUGGCAUCAUUCUGUGUGAGAUCAUAGGUCGGAUCGAAGCAGAUCCCGACAUCCUUCCCAGAACAGAGGACUUUGGACUGGAUGUGGAGGCCUUUGAACACAUGGUAGGGGACUGUCCACAGACCCUCUUCAACCUAGCUGUCAGCUGCUGCAAUAUGCAUGCAGAGAGUCGGCCUUCGUUUUCUGACCUCGUCAUUGAGCUGGAGCGGAUGGAGAGGGAGGAACAGAGGAACGACGUGCCAGUGGUUUUGGAACCCAUCACCCUCGACAAUAGCCCAUACCGACGGAGGAACUCGUCCUGUUGCCCGGGCGACAAGCGUCUGUCCCGGAGCCAGUCCGACAUGCUUCCACCGUCGGCGGCCACCACGCCCUCUCAGGCAGGCACACCCGCCCGCAUCAACCCCUUCUCACUGCGGCAGGACCUGAACGGCGGCAACAUCAAGCUGUACGACACACCGAGCAAGUCUGUCAUCUCACUCACCUUCACAUUGCCGCCGCCGCAUCUGGAGCCAUGCGCCUCGCCGACCCGGCACAGGGGCCACCGCCCGCUCCGCGGGCCGCCCCGACGCUGCCAGUCCCUCCCCUGCACGCCAGAGAUGGGCCGCCCCUUGUCCAUAUCCCAGCCACGCCACCUGGAGCCCUGCAGCUACAACGGAGAGGACACGGAGGAAGACGGCUGCCUGGAGAGAGACGUGGAGGAUAGGGUGACCAAAGAGGGGAAAGGGGAGGCAGAUUCGCCAUCCUCCGCUCAUGAAAUGGGGGACUCUGGUAUCGCCCUGGAGAUGGUGUCCUUGGAGCGGCUUGACGAAGAAGAGGAGGAUGAGGAAGGUGCGGAGCUGAAAGAGCUGUGCCUGACUGAGCCUAUGGAUUGCACCAGCUCCCCCGAUGCAGCGGCAGGGACUGCCAACGUGGCCGCUCCUCCUGGCUCCAGGCCUCUGGUUAAAGCCACCUCUUCAUCUGCGUCAUCCUCGUCCUCCUCUUCUUUCUCAUCCGCCUCAUCACUGCAGCCCAACGGUUUGGGUUUGCCCGUAUCAAACGCCCCCCUCUCGCUGCCGCCCCUCCCCCGUCUGGACAAUAACAACAUCUCGUUGCCCACGGGCCGCCUGCUCGGCUGGGGAGCCACCAACGGCUACCGCACCACCACCGAACCAUGUGGCUUCUCUAGUGAGCCACAGGACGAGGUCAUUUCCUGCCCAGGCUGCUGCCUGGCAGGGCUCACCUUCCCGUCCGUGUGCCUACGGGGUGCCGCCCCGACCCGCCAGGUCGGUCGCGUCCGACGGCCCUACCAUAACUUCGGUGGCGGUGAGGUGGGGGUUGCAGCCACGGCAACCGCCUCUGCCGCAGCCACAGCAACGAAGGGCCUCCUGUGUCGUGGGGCCAAGGGUCUGACCCCGCCCACCCCACCCUGUGAGCCAGGCUUGCCCCUCCCAGAGGCUCAGACGUAAGCUGAGGCGCCUGCUUGAGGGCACUGUGGAAGCUCCAGUAGCACUCUUACCUGUAAAAUGUUUUCACGCUGUGUUCUUUUUACACAGCAGGCACUGUUGGCAGCCGUGAUUGAAGGGGACCACUCCCUAGUUCCAGCUACCUGUUGUGGAUCAACAGCUAUGUUUAGCAUGUGAGCGAAUGUACCCUUGACGUUCAGUGGGUCUGGAGAAAUGUUGUUGUGUGUGUGUGUGAGAAGUGCAGGACACUGUGGACAAAUGGUGGAGUAAGGGUGAUCGAGGAUGGAAUCCAGAAAUUGGGGGGUUGUGCAGGAGACGUAGAUUCUUUAAAUUGUGUAAAAUUUGAGAUUCCUUUUGUAUUUGGAGCUUUAGAUUCAUAUUGAAUGUGAUCAGGUGUUUUCACUGCUCCUCACACCUCCUGAUCUCUGUUCCAAAAUUGACUGCUGUACAAGCGUGUGUGUGUGUGUGUGUGUGUGUGUGUGUGAAACUGAUAAAACUGUACUAUAGCAUGAAAAGCAAUUUUAGCCUCUCUUCUCCAAUUUACAAAGAUGACUGAAACCUCCAAGGUUGUGUGUGUGUAUACACUCUUUUUUGAACUCCUUUUUGUUGUAUUUAUGUAUAUCUAGACAAAAAACAAACAAAUGUGCAAUAAGUCUGUGUAAAGUGAUUUUGUGCAUAAUCUCUUACAGAGGUGUUCUUUUGUACUCUUUGAGAACUGCUGCACUCUGAAAUAUCAAGGAAAUGCUUAGCCUGUUGGGAUGAGCGGUGCUUAGUGUAUUUCUUGCCCUCCCUCAUGAAGGGAAGACCCAGGGCCAUGUCCUGGCUGCUACUGCUGGUCUGUAGUGAGUGGUCAGGAUGAGUUCAGUCCUUCAUCGCUAAAGUGGGAACCCCAAGCCUCCAGAGGCUGUAUUGCUUCUUGGUUCUAUUCAAUAGUUCUGAUUUGUUAAUUACAUUGAUCAGUUAAAUGUUCUGAGUGAAGCUGGCCUUUCAUUCUGUGACCUCAGUGUAAUCUGUAAUAAUUUGACUUUCUAAGAGAACUGGAUGAAGUGCACAUGGUUUACCCACUUGGUAACAGUAACGACACGCUUUUCUACAAAGUAUGUAACUCCGUCCAAAGAAUCUCUGUGUUUGUGCAUCUGCUUCUGGACAUUUCUCCAGAGGAGCUGGAGAGAAGCAGGCGGUGCAUGCUUGGGUAUUAGCCAAUAGCUGACUAUGAAUACCAUGAUGGUUAGACAUCGCCAGUGCAUGACACCAGCCCCUUAGCCUGUUGCCCUUUUCUCUUGACAUCUCCAGCUCUGCUCUCGGAUGUCAGCACGGAGGUCUUUGUUAACUUCCCCUACAUAACUUAAAUCACCAGAACCAACCAUUAAUGCCGAAGCACCUUUGCGGGAAGCUAAGUUUCUUUGAUUUUUCAAAGAUGUUUAGUAGGUUGCAUUCCUUAAGGUUUGCCUUCUGCCUUGUGCGAUAGCCCGUGCAGAAGAAUCACGUUCCCUCGAGAAGUAGUAGCACUACAUGGUUUGUAAUAAGCCAUCUGUGAUGAAGAAAUCCCACGAUUUCCAUCACUUCUCCUCCUAAUUGCUAAUUUGGCUGUGGCAUACCCAUUUUAAUGAUAUCUGAGAGUGCAAUUUUCCAAAAGUGAUUUUUUUAUUUUGAUAAAUUUGGUUACUUUAAUGAACACAUCUUUGAUAACGCCAGUGAGUUAAUCUACGAUAUAGUCAGCUCAAGGAUGAGGAGGUGCUACACAGACAGAUCGCACUGGUGCUCUAAAAUUAGUCCACUUUUUUUUUUUUUAAGUGUAAUUAAUGAUGGAAAGAACAACAUAAAUGUAUUGGGCUGAUGGGAUGUUGGGAUGUAAAGUAAAAAGAAAUUCUGCACAAGUUUACUAUGUGAAAAUGUUAUCAGGCUUUUUUUUAUACAAAGACCUCCUUCUCUCUGUCAUUCUGAUGAAAGGCACUUACUGUAACUGAUAAUUGUUAUUAUCAUUAUUGGGGAAAACCAGCUUUAAUUAUUGUUGAUUAUCUGUGUUAUUUAAAACAAUUUUUGGAUGACUAAAUUAAAUGAAACAUUUCUGAAA